GGAUUUAGGAAUGUGGAGACCAGCAGCUACGUCACCCACAAACCGCCUGGGGUGCCGUCGUUAGAAAACUUUUCCAAAGGCUGUGAGUUCGUAAAAACAAGCCCUCCGGUCGAGGUCAAGCAAAGCGGAUAAAAAGCCUGCCCCAACAUGAAGUGAUUGUUUCGGAAACGUGAUGCAGAGAGAUUAGCGGCUGUUAGCUUGGAAACCAUUUGUCGCUAAACCUCCUCGUGCUCAUUUGCAGGGACGCUCGUCUCUGUCUCCAUGGUAACGUGGCGGACGCCCAGCCUCGGCGUUGUCGCGUUGAGCUGCCUGCAAGGGGGCGGAACCGGAGAGCAACGACGGGUCGAUUUCUUUCUUCCCAUAAAGGCAAAAUCAGUCGAAGAUGGUAAGGAGAGCACGGCUGCAUGAGGACAGCACUAUAGCCAUUUCACGACGGAGCAUACUACCCCUAUACCGGUGACACCCAGGGGACCCACUCAUCAGCAGGGAUCCCAUCCCUCCUGAAUUCCCCGCUCAGCCAACACUCUGCAAACGGCCACUCUGUACCUGCACCCAGCAUGACUCCAUCCAGCGGAGCCUCCACUGUCCUUCCUUUCAAAUUCCGCCCUCGCAGGGAAAGCGUGGACUGGCGAAGAAUCAACGCCGUGGACAUAGACUUAGUUGUGAGCCAGCUGGACGUGGAUGCCCUUCAGGAGCACAUCAGCAGUGUUACCUUCUGCAGCCUGGAUGGAGAGCGAUGUCAGCGGUGCCAAAGCCCCGUGGACCCAGCUCUGAUCAAGCUCCUGCGGCUGGCCCAACUCACAGUGGAGUGGCUCCUCCACUGCCAGGAAUUUCUCACCCUCAACCUGCAUGCAGUGGAGGAGAGGCUUACAACCGCUGGCAGUCAGCGCGAGCAACUGCUGGCUCAGCAGAAGAAGCUGGAGGAGAAGGUGAAGAUGCUGACCAGCGAGCUCAAGCAGAGGAAGAAGGUUAUCCGCACCCAGCAGUCCCUGCUUGCGCCCCGAAUCAUCAACAGCCAGAAGUGUCCAUGUUGUGAAAAAUCCUUCCUCAACUCCUCGUUUCUCCAGAAUCACAUGCAGCGCCGCCACCCUGAUGAGUAUGAGAUGGAGUUGCGGUCGGACAGUGAGAAGAAAUCUCAAAUUGAAAGGCUCAAAUCUGAGAUCGGCAGUCUGAAGGAGCAGAUUGUUCAGCAGCAACAGGACCUGCAAGCCAAAACUGCUCAGGAAAAAGAGCAGCAGUCCAACUACAAGGACCUGCUGAGAGAAUUGGACCGUUUUAAGGCUGAGGAGAUGGCGCGCAUGGACAGAAAGAUAGAAGACAGCAGGGACGGCAUGCGCAGGGAGAUGGAAUUUCUUUAUACCCGAAACAUUCAGGCUCUCAAUGAAGCCAAUCAGAAUCAGACUGCCAGGCAUGAGAAAUCAGCCAGCCCUGUGCACUCACAGCCAGAGAGAGAUGUAGAUAACUACAAAGAGAUGCAGAUACAAGCCAUGCAGAAGCUGGAACAGCAGCUGAAGAAGCAGGAUAAAAAGUGGGAAUCCAGGCUGCAGGAAAUAAAGGCCCAACAUGAAUCUGAAAAGAACCAGCUGCUGAACGAGCUGAGCAGAAUGCAGUCAUCUGUGUCCGAGCACCAGGAGAACAGCCACAGGCUGCAGCAGGAGAUGGGCAGGAGGCUGCAGGAGAAGGAGCAAACCAUCAAGGCUCAGAGGGAGCAUAUAAGGAAUAUUUCCUCAAACCCACCCACCAAAAUAGUGGAAGUACCAGUCAUUGUGAGUGCAUCAGCUCCGGAGCCCAAACCAAAGAGAGUUGUGCUUGAGGAGCCAGUCUCUGCUCCUAAGCUGGAUCCUAUACAGGAGCUGUCAGAAGAGGAGAAAGACUCGAGCAGCUUCUCUGACAGGAAGCCAGUGGAGAAGAAGCCUGAGCCUGUACCAGAGAAGAAACAGAAGGUGUCCAGCAGUGCUCUGAAAAAGAACCCCAGCAUCAAGAAAGAGAUGCGGCCAGAUCUGGAGCAGGCUCUUAUUGAGAAGCUGGAGAACCUGGGAAUAAAGCCUGAUCAGAGUGGUCUGAAGGACAAAGAGCUCACUUCCAUCCUGGCCAAGGUGCAUUCAAAGCGGGAGAGCAUUGCAAAGGGGAUGCCUGAAUACUGGCGCCAUCGGGAGGAGUUAGCCAGCACGGUGGAGCAAAAGCUGGGCAGUGAGAGGAGAGGCAGCGACCCUGCUCCUGAGUCACAGGCCAGAUCUAGACAAUCAGUUCAAGUGUUGCAGAUCCGUCCUCGAUCCAGCAGCCUGCCCUCCAGAGCAACCCAGGUGAUGUCUGGACCUGCAGCCAAACAGCCCAAGACCCCUCAGCCGGCACCAAGGAUCAAGACCACCACUCAACCCAAGACAUCUACACCAAACACCAAGACCGCUCUGAAGAGCUUCACAUCCAGGACCCCUCCUUUCAGCUCAGAUGAGGAAUCUGAAGAAGAGGACACAGAUAUGGAGGAGGAACAGCCUCCAAAAAAACAGAGGGGAAAAACACCACAGCCCAGACUGAACCAGGUCCAAAUCAAAGCCAGUCCAGUACAGGCCAGGCAGGUGCCAGCCAGGCAUUCAUUCUCCUCCAACCCCCAGCAGACCAGGGGGUCAGUGGGUGGUGUGACCAAGACAGCAGUCACAAAGAUAGAGAGUGAUGAGGAGGACGAGUGGUCAGAUGUCAGCGAGUUGCAGGAGAUCGACCCAAAACGUCUCCAGAGUUUCAAAGACCAGAACGGCAACGUGGAGAAGAGAAACUUUGGCAAAGAGAACAAAAUCAAUGACCUAGCCAGAAAAAUGGAGAAGCAGUUUGCAGAGAGAGCAAUAAAGAAACCAGCAGGGGGUGUCAGCAUCUUAGCAGAGAGGAAGGACGAGGUUCAGGAGCUCACGUACACAGAUCUUGAGGAGAGCAGUGAGUGGGUGGUCUCCUCCUUAGAGGACAGACAGGAAAUGUCUAAAGCAGCUCAGGGCUCUGGACCAAUGAGGAAGAGCCUGGAUUCUCCCAGCACCAGCGUCUGGGGAACCUCAACAGGAAAGGGCCCCAAAUCAGCAGGUCUGACUGAAGCUGGAACAGGAAGCACGCUGAAGAGCAGCCUGUGCUCCCUCAGUGACAUCAGUGACUCCGAGGACAUUAGCAAUAAAUACAAUAAGCACUACAGCUGAUCAGGUGAUGUAGCUCUACGCCAAGCACAGACACAAAGACCUCAGUCAACUCGUCUGACACCUACAGUCCAUGCCAAAUAGCCAUAUUUUAUACUGUUACUAUAUGGAGAGAGCAAUACUUGAAGGGUAGCUUUGGUACUUUUAAAAACACAGAAUUCCCUUUAAAAAGACAUCUAGACAUUUGUAUAGAAAAGAUGAUCAUUUAAUCCACAGAUUAGAGAUAAAUGAGAUUAGAGCUUCAAUUGACUUGUCAUUUUCAGCCUCACUUUAUGCCUUGUGCCAAUCUUUGUUUGCCUUAGACCUUUUCAGUGUUCAUCUUUAGAUAGACUCUUUUUUUAAACAUAUCCCACACUCCAAAUGAGAUGCUGUAUGUAGUGUGUGUAAAAUUUUGUACAUCAAAUUUUUAUAACGUCUUCAUGUGUUAAAUGAAGCAAUGAGAUGUGAUUUUGUACAGAACAUAUUUAUACAAGCAAUAAAAGAUUUCUGUGUGAAAUACA